CUCUGUACUGUCUCUCACUAACCCAUUUUUCUUCUCUCUCUCCUCUAUCCACCCACCAUUUCUCUUCAUUCUCUUUCUCUCUCUUCAUUUUUUUCUCUCUCCCUCAAUGCAUGAUCAUCACCACCAUGAUCACAGUUUCGAUCUAUAACUAGUUUAUUUUUUCUUCAAAGUUUUUUGAGAGUGAAAAUGUUGGAGGCAAUGGAAAGUUCAGUGAAUGGUGGAUUUUCACAACAUUUUCAAAGCUUUGUUGGAGAUAGUAGUGAAGAAGAACUUUCUGUGCUUCCUCGUCAUACCAAAGUUGUUGUUACUGGAAAUAACCGUACUAAAUCUGUUCUUGUUGGUCUUCGUGGUGUUGUUAAGAAAGCUGUUGGUCUUGGUGGUUGGCAUUGGCUGGUUCUUACCAAUGGUAUUGAAGUGAAGCUGCAGAGGAAUGCUCUUAGUGUGAUUGAACCACCAACCGGUCUCGAGGAAGAUGAUGACCUUGAAUUUGAAAAUACCAUUUGGCAUGGAUCAGAUAUGGCAUCAGAUGACACACAAAAGUCCUACAGAUCAAGGCCUAGAAUGCAUAGAUCAUUAGGAUCAUCUCACAGGAGCAUGAGCAGAUCCUUCUCUGUUGAUUCACAGUCCAAGGGAUCAAUUUCUAUGCCUCAGGGGUGGACGGUUGACUUGAGUAAAUUGGAAAUGUCUGCAUUGUGGAGAUAUUGGCGACACUUCAAUCUGGUGGAUGCUGUUCCAAACCCAUCGAAAGAGCAGCUCGUAGAUGUUGUUCAGAGGCAUUUCAUGUCCCAGCAAAUGGACGAGUUGCAAGUUAUUAGAGGAUUUGUCAAAGCUGCAAAGAGGCUUAGGAGGACUAUGUGCAAAUGAUCAAGCAGAGAAGUGCGAAAUGCAGAUAUUUUCUAAUGCUAACAAAGAUAAUGAUGUCUAAUAUGAAUAUCCACUUCCCUUGGUACCAUGUAAUAUAUUUAGCAUUACUACUAAGUAGUAUCUUUCGGAUCUCAAUUAGUAGUAGGUUGAUUAAGAGGUUAUAUAGAAUGACUCUUUUGUAGCAUCACCUAGUUAUUAUGUAGAUAGGCUACCUUGUGACUUGAUCUUCAUGGAAGUUUUUAAGGCUUCCUUUAGCUUUUGAUUAUAAUGUACUUGCUGCUCACCUGGGAAGUGGGUUUCCUCCGACUUUGUGAAUGUAUAUAUCUCUUUCUUCUAGCUUUGUUUAUUCUCA